GCAUGGGAUUGAUGAAACGCCCCUUGGAACCCACGCCGCCUUUCCCAUCUCUCCUGGCGAUCGAUCCAUCUUUCACCUUCCACAGGUCACGAACAAGGAACUUUGGGAACCUUUGUUUCUUUGUACGCGGGACACCAACAAACCUCCAAUUCCCAACCAAAUAAUACGAGCUUCAUACCCAACCGCAAUACCGCGCCUAAUAAUACCAUAACCCUUACCCGCGAUAAUCACCCAAAGGAGCUUCCCACCGCCCGAUCUCGCGAUCCGAUCUAGGGGUGCUUGCUGGCCGUAGCACCUCGUCACCGACAGAAACAAACCUCACUUUGACUUCCCAACAUCACACAACAAAAUCCACGACACCAGAUAGCUAAUUACACCAACCGAACGUAACCCACUCACGUUACCACCCACGAGAACAUCCGUCACACAACAACAACACAAAGGCAACAACCAAGAUGUCCUCCUGGUACUCCAACCUCUCCAACAACAUCACCAAGCUCCAACGCAACUACUUCUCUGGCGAAGCCGACGGCGACACCGAAGACGACACCCACGUCUGCCGCGUCCUGCGCGCCCACUACGUCGAAAAGGGCCAACAUUUUCCCUCCUGGCUGCCUCCCGACCCCAAGGCUCCUCCUCCUGCUCCUCAACAGCAACAACAAUACGGCUCUGGUCAACAGCAGAGGUUAAAUGGUUAUGGCGGUCAACAACAGUUAAGCAGCUUAUGGGAUAACAACGGUGCCGGCCGAGGAGGUGGUGCUGCGCAACAGGGUGCAGCGGCGCAAAGUCGAAACCCCUUCGCCCGCUCCGCCGCCGCUGCCCCAGCUGCUACUUCGGCUGCUUCUUCGCCUUCUGUCAACGCCGCUCCCGGCCAUGGUGGGUACCACCCCGGAGGAGCAGGACAGCAUCAAGGAGGAGGAGGAGGAGCACCACAAAGCCUACGAGCCGGCGGCCACGGUCAUCAACAAGCAGGACCCUACGGCCCCGCAGCAGGAGGCGGCGCAGCCAGCAGCGCGGCGUCGAUGCCUGCGCAACAUAGUGGGAGCAGCGGGAUUAGUGCGCAGGAUAAGUUGAAGCAGAGGCUUUGGGGCGGGUCGAGGACUACGAGUCCUGGAAACUCGGGUGGGAGUGGGCCGUUUGCGCCGCCUGCUGCUGCUUCCCAGCAGAGGACAGGGUCGGUAGGAGGAGGAGGAGGGGGGUAUGAUGGUGGCCAUCAAGGACAUGUCGGGUUGCCGAGUGGACCUAGACCGCCGCCGGGAGGAGGGAGGAUGGGGUUGCCUAGUAAUCCUAGGAUGCGAUAGAAGGUUGGUCUAGGACAUGAAAGAGGAGGGAGGGAGGGGGGAAGGAAGUGGAAUAGGUGU